CAGCAACCACUGAACCAAAAGUGAUGACAGAAUCAGAGACACCUGCAGCAACAGAACCCACUCAAAUUAAUUCCCACAUUUAAUUUUCACAACCCCCAAUCCCCUCUCUCUCUCUCUCUACAUUAACUCUCAAACCCUAACAUAAAUCCCUCCUCAAUGGCUUCUUCACCCAUUCCAUUUUCAUCUUGAAGUAACAACAACAAUGGCCGCUUUUCCCACCUCUGUUUUCCUCUGUUUCUCUUUCUUCACCUUGUACUUCAAAUCUUCUUCAACCGCACACUCCACUUCAUCUUUCUCUUUCACCAAUUUUGGUCAAAAUUCAAGUUUCACACUUCACGGUGAUGCUAAAGUUGUUAACAACGGUUCGUCCGUACAACUCACUGCUCCAUUACAGUCUAGUGCUGGAAGAAUAACAUACAAAAACCCCAUCAAGUUUUAUUCCGGAAUUCCUAACAAAACGGUGUCGUUUUCGACAUACUUCUCGUUUUCGGUUUAUUCGGGUUCGGGUAAUGGAGAUGGGUUGGCUUUUGUUGUGUUUGCAGAUGGGUCUCAUUUGUUUGAUGGUAAUAAGGGGCCGUUUGGGCUUUCAAAUGGGGCUGAUUUGAAGUUCUUGAGUGUUGAAUUUGAUACAUUGAUGAAUCAUGUGGGGAUUGAUUUGUCUAACUUUGUGUCUUUGAAAGUUGCAAACUUGUCUAUUGCUAAUUUGGGGUUGAAUAGUGGUACCAGGUUGCAAGUUUGGAUCGAUUACGAAUCGGGUUCGAAGCGGUUGGAGGUUAGAUUGAACAAAUUUGGGGAAAAUCGGCCCGUUAGCCCGUUAUUGUUCGAGCGAAUUGAUUUGAGUAAAAUCUGGCAUAAAAAUGAAAGGUUUUAUGUGGGCUUGAGUUCAUCUAAUGGGAACUCUUCACAGGUCUGUAAUGUGUACUCCUGGAGCUUUACGACUCGACAAUCGCCAGAUUGGAUGCAUUCGGAGCCGUUGGAUCCGAUCGGGUUCAAAGAAGGGGAUGGAAAAAAUGUGAUCAAUACUCAUAAGAAAAAUGAUUGUGUUGUGUGGGUUGUUAUUGCUCUCAUACUUGGGAUUGGAUUAGGGGCUUUAGGAAGCUUUGUUGGUAUGUUUAUGUGGACGAUAUUAGCGAAAAGGCGACCGGUGACACCCGAAGAGUAUGCUGUGAAACAUGUUGUUGAUGACAACAAAUGUUUGAGCAUAUAGGUAAGAGUUUGUUUGUUUGUUUGUUUGUUUAGAUGGUAUGCAUUUGUUAUGAAUUGUAAAUUGAUUUUGGUUGUGGUGAUCUUGUAUAAUUGUUUAGUCAAAUGUUUUGUGUUUCUAGUUAUGUGUUAUGAACAAGAUUUGGUUUUGUUUAGUCAAAUGUAAUGUUUCCUUGGACUUAUGUCGUAGGUAUUAUUAAUUAAUUAUUAAUUUAAUUA